UCUGGAUGUAUCCUCUUCUUCUGUUGGCCGCUGUGUCUGUCCGGAUGUCACCCUCUGUCCUAUUUGCUAUUUCUGAUGGGAGUGAAGCUGAGGGGCCGAGAGGUCAUUCCGAGCGUAUGUUUUUCUGAAGAUUAUGGGGUCGCAGCCGCCAGCGAAACCCUGGGAAAGACGGAUCCCGGGAAACCUGAGUGCCCCCUCUUUCCAAUCAACUGAACUGUUAUCUACCGUACCUACAAGACAAGGACAGCCUGUAAUUACAAGAAUCCCACCACCUCUUCCCCCAAGACCAACACAACAGACUGGAGUUGGUAACUUCAGCACUUACAGAUCUACCUACAAUACCUUCUCUCCAGCAUAUACACCAUAUGGAAGCUCUUUCUAUGGAAGCUAUAGCCCCUAUAAUUACGGGUAUGGAGGCCUUGGCUACAACAGAUUUCGAACAGAUGAUGUUCCGCCGAGUAGGUUUGUACGCCAGGCUGAAGAAAGCAGUAGAAGAGCAUUUCAGUCCAUUGAAAGUAUUGUUCAUGCAUUUGCCUCUGUCAGUAUGAUGCUUGAGGCUACUUUUUCAGCAGUAUACAACAGUUUCAGAGCCGUCUUGGAUGUUGCUAAUCAUUUUUCCAGACUUCGAGUGCAUUUUACCAAAGUUCUCUCGGCAUUUGCAUUGAUCAGAACUUUGAAGUACAUGUAUAGGAAGUUACAAAGGUUACUGGGCCUACGGAACAACUCUGAGAUUGAGGAUUUGUGGGCAGACAGUGCUGUGCUUCCAGCUGGUGCUGAAGAUAAAGUACCUGGGUCAGGCAAAUCCUGGCCCAUCUUUUUGUUCUUCACUGUUGUUCUUGGAGGUCCGUACCUUAUAUGGAAACUAUUAAGCUCAACCACUUCGGAAGGACCAGAAGAAUCAACAAGUUGGGCAAAUGGAGAUGAUGAUCAUGUUGUAGCAAGGGCAGAAUAUGACUUCACUGCAGGCUCAGAAGAAGAGCUUACAUUUCGUUCAGGUGACCUGCUGAACCUAGCUCCCAAAGAACAGCAACCUAAAGUACGUGGGUGGUUGAUGGCCAGUUUGGAUGGUCAAACAACAGGAUUAGUGCCAGCCAAUUAUGUCAGAAUUUUAGGUAAAAGACGGGGCAGAAGGCAAGCAGAGCUGCAACGCUUGGCAGAAAAACAGCCACAUGGAGGUUCAUCAACUGCAAGUGGACCUAACAUUAUUGAAUCAUUGGAAGAACAAGAAGUAGCUUUCGAAUCAGUUUUUACUGAAACACCAGAACAUAAUAAAGAUCCUAGCACUACACAAUCCGCACAUACUGGUAAAGAUAUAGUCAAUAUCUGACAAUAUUAAUAUUACUAACAGGAAGAAAGCUUUCCCUUUGUAAAUCUGGUGUGUUAAAUUAUAUUCACAGAUUUUAGAUUUCUGUUGUACCAAAUUAUGAUCCUUCCAUCGUUAGUCCAGCAAUUUUUAUUUUGAAAAAUUAUUCAGGGUACAUAAGAUGUUUAUUUUUUGCCUAUUAUGUGUCUAUACCCUUUGUCAACACACACCAGGUAUUUUUUGUUUGAUCAAUGUACAACAGAUAAUUACACAUACUUAGCCAACAUUUAAAAUGGUUGGAUUGUUUCUAAAAAUUCUUGCAAUUUCAACAAAUUUUGAUGAUUGACCCAUAAGCCAAAAACAAAAGUCACAAUUUUACAGCCCCCUACCAUCCACUGAUAUAUUUGUAGACAGUUUGAAAGUAAAAUAAAAUGGAUAGCUACCUCCACAACAUUCCUGCAUGUCAUCAUAUAUUACUGUGGGUGGGUAAGGUAUCAGCAAUAUCCCACCCUUGGGCUUCUAGCUUGUUUUUACCUUCAUUGCUGUUAGUUUUGCAGGUGUGGAAGGUGGAACAAUAAGCUAGCAUGCUAUUUUUAACCUUGAUGCUUAAAAGUGGGAAGGAAGCAGGCAGGAGUUCCCUGUGCUCAUCAGAUCCAUGAUUCCUCCAUGACCAAAAACCUAAAAACUUACUUGCAAGUUCAGCAUUCAUGGAUCCUUUCAUUUGCCACUACUGAGUUCUUGCAUAGCUGCAAAGUCUUGAGGGCAGGACCUCCUUUUCUACUGGACAGAAGUCUUGCUCUCAGCUCAUUACAGCCUCUCCCAGUACA